AUGUCCAAAGCGCCGCGCGCGGAUGACACGCCCGUGAGUGCGACACAGACGCCUUGGGCGCCGGUCCCAACAGCGCCGGCGUCCCCAGUGCUGCCACAUACCCCCACGACCACGGCAAGUGCGAAAAAGAAGAAGAAGAAGACCAAGCGCGCAGAUGAUGGGGCUCUGGACGACGCGCCGUCGACGCUGGUAGCGUCGAAGCAAGUCCAACGGGACCUGAUCAUUGCCGCAAGCGAGCUUUCCCAGCGCGUGCGCAAGGAUCCGCAAGGCUUAUCCGACGAUGAGUCGUACUGGGCCUCGCUUCCCGCGCAUCUGCGCACGUUUAUACGGAACGCGCUCCCUCUCGGCCAGCUCGAGCAGGGCGAAAAUGGCACGAUACCUCGGCAUGCGCCAGCGCAGGCAAUGAUUGCUGUCGCGCAGCAGCUUGCGCAGGCCUCACAGGCCUCGCAGAGGGGCAUGUCGGGCCACGGCACCAACACACUUCCGCUCGACCCCGCCAUCUUUGCCGACGCGCCCGUAUUUGCAGACCUGCCAGUGGAGAGCGAAGCGCCGCGCGGCGGACUCCGCCCCAGCCCAGGCAUGCAGGCCACAGCCGUGCCUGGAGAAAAUGGGUUUGGUUCUGUGGUGCUUGUGGACGAGCUUGAUGAGGACGAUCCCGACUUUGACCAUGACUAUGCAAGCGACGACGCCCUCGACGACGCCCUCGCCGGCAUGAAGGAGCUCGCGCCGAAGAAGAAGAAGAACAGGAAGAAGAAGAAAGGCACGCCGGGCGCAGAUACGCUUGCAAGCACCAAGUCUUUUUCGCCCGGACCGUUGGCGCCUGCACCACCCGUCCGGCCCCCGCUGAUCCCGCCGCCCAUGCCAAUACGCUCAAGACCGUCAGGCACGAGCGCACCGCCAAGUGCGCGCGCCGCAGGCAAACUUCCCAUGGCAGUGCGCCCAGCAAGGCCCGCAGCGCCGCCACGGCAUGCGCCACUGCCGCCACGGCACGCGCCGCGGAUUGCACAAGCCGCGCAGCGCGCAUUUUUUCCGCCGCACAUGCCGAGCGCAGCGCCGCCGGCGAGCGGAAGCGGGCUGACGAUCAGCAAUGCCGAGGAGCGCGAUCGCAUCCGCGAUUUCUGGCAGAACCUCUCGCACCGCGAGCGGAAACGACUGGUCGAGUCUGAGCAGCAAGCCGUCUUGCGGAAGCUCAAGGAUGUGAUGCGGCAUGCGUGUGCGUGCAAAGUAUGCAUGCGGAAACGCAUUGCAAUUGACAACAAGCUGGACGAGUUAUACACUUUAUACUACGAUGCGCUGGAGUCGCACGCACAGCAAUAUAAAAAGCAUAUCGCGAGCAACGGCGAGGACCAGGCGCCAAGCGGACCAGGGCCAUUUCCAGGGAGUGUAGCGCUCGAUCGGAAUGGCGGUGUGCUUGGCGCCAAUUUGCUUGUUUCGCGCGAGACACACGGAAAUUCGCCGCUGGAUAUGGCGCCCAUGUCGCGCAUGGGCUUUGCCAUCCAGAAUCCAGAGCUGCGUGAAAUUGUGGCGCAGCAGCAUGCGGAAAACAUGUACGACGACGAGUACGAAGACGACCCGGCAUUGGACGAUGAGCUGGAUAUGGACAUGGAUCUGUACAGCGAUACCAUGCGGCGGCGGCACGGAGCGCACGAAUCUGGCCAGUGCCAUGGCAGCGACUGCUACUGUAUUAACUCUAUGCUCACUGUCAAAGGAAUUCUGACGGUUGCCGACGACCUCUCUGGGAAUGAGGCGCAGAAGCUGAUUUUGAUGAUGGAGCAGCUUGCGGAGAAGCACGUACAUUCCAUCGCGCUUGACGAGGCGCUCGAUGUGGAGCGAGACGAGUUCGAUCCGAGCGACGACGAAGAGCUUACCCCGGGCGAGCAGCAGGAGCAGGGAUGGCGAAUGUUCCAGAUUUUUGCUGCGCGUAUCCUCGAACACCGCGUCUUGCAAGAGUACCGCGAAAUGGUCGCCAAGGAACGUCAGCUCCAGCUUUUGCGUGAGCUCGAAGAGGAAGAAUCGAACGAAAAAGCACGCGAGGCGAAGCGCGCGAAAGAGAACCAACGCAAGAAGGAUAAAAGGAAACAGCUGCGGCUGCAGAAAGAGGAGGAGCGCUUGCGGAAGGAGCAGGAAAAGGCCGCUGAAGAGGCUGCGCUGCAUGCCGAGCAGGAGAAGGAGCGCGAGGAGCGGCGCCAAAAACUCGAGGCGGAACGCCGAGCCAAGGAAGAGGAAAAGGCUCGCAGGGCACAAGAGGAGCGCGAGCGGCUGCAACGAGAGCGUCAACUGGCCGAUGAACGUGAGAGAAAGGUGCAUGAACGGCGGAAGAAAGAGGUGGCAAAAGAGGAGCGUGAGGAGCGUGAGAGGGAGCGACUGGUACAGGCACGUUUCGAAAAAGAGCGUCACGAAAAGGAGCGCCUCGAACAGGAGCGCCUCGAACAAGAGCGCCUCGAGCAAUCACGUCUCGAACAAUCACGCCUCGAACAAUCACGCCUCGAAAAGGAGCGCCUCGAGCAAUCACGCCACGAUCUGUGGUCCGACGAGCCAUGGCAAGCUCCCAUUGCGCCGUUUGGCAUGAUGCAGGGCAGCGGACAAAUGCCCUUCUACCCAGAGCCUGUCAAUGCCACGACGCAUGCCUUGAACCGUAUGCACCUCGAGCCGACCAAUGCCGUGCGCAUGCCCAACAAGCACGACUUUGGUCUUGCGUCGCGAGCGCCACGAGCCGCGCCCGGGCCUAUUGAACGGCCACGCAGGUCAAUGGCCGAUGAUCUCGGCAUCCCACGUCCGGAAGGGAUCCUUGGAAGCGCUGCACUGGGCGACGACGAGCUGAUCGAGCCGCGGCAUGCACGCCGCGCCGUUCCAAACGCCGCGCCGAUCGGAAGUGCCUACGUUCCCCCUGUCAGUUCUCCUUCCUAUACGUACAGCUCGCCUUGGCAAGCGCCGAGCCGCACUGCGUACGGAAUGAACCCUCCCUUCAGCCAAGCCCCGGGCACAAGACCAUGGAAUGCUGCAAAUAGCUGGGAGCAAGCGCGCCACCCCUUUGAGCAAUCUGAGUUUGGUGGUGCGAGCGAAGACGGGGCGGGAAAUGCGUACGGCGCUGGAGGAUCGCGUCCAAAUGUCCCGAGCGAUGACGAAAUCAUUGCAGCUGCAAAACCAGCGCUCACCAGCGCACAAGUGCCUGGCAUUGCAAAACUGCACGCCGCACUUGCCCAAGAGCACAACUGGGUCCUGAGCGAAAAAAGGCUAAAAAAAGUUGUAACGUCGGCGGGUUUGCGCAAGGAUACGUCGCAGCGAAAACCAUGGGUGCCCGUCUCGCACAUCGAUGAAGCUGUGCCGCUUCCUGACUCAGUCGAGACGCGCUACUUUGACCCCGUAAAAGGCCGCGGCCUCGUAGCGAAGCACGCGAUUGCCAAGGGCGACACGAUCUUUGUCGAAGACGCAUACUGCGCGGCGCCGCCGCCAAGCGCACUAAAGGAUAUGCUGCACGGCACUCUAUGUACGCAAUGUUUCCUGCCGAUCGCAAACAGCACGCUCUCUGUUCGCUGCGGAACAGGAAAGUGCCGCGCGGCGUUCUGCAAUCGGGUCUGCCAGCAGCGUGCACAGUCGGCGCAUCAUGCACUACUGUGCAGCGGCGCGAACCCCAACAUGACCACAGUCUAUGAGAUCCUUCAGCAGUACCAGUGGCACUCGGUGCAUGCAGUCGCGCGCAUGCUGGCACGCCUGCUGCUUACAGGCACCAACGCACCCCCGCCGUCGAUUAGUCGCACGACAGGCGCAACAGUGCAAGGCGUGUUGUCGAAAGAAGCACCUGCAACGUUUGCAGAGACGCACAAGCACUUGGAGGCAUAUGCAACCGUAUCGGAGCUCGAGCGCCGCGCGCGGAAUCCCGGCUGGGCGACAGAGAGUGGCUCCUUUACCUUGGCGCUCCGCGAGGCGCACACACGCUUGCAGCGCGCCUUGGAUCCCCGACAGGAGGAGCUGCCGAAGCGCUUUCCCGUCGCAGCAUCCAAGCUGCCUGAGCUGGCAGAGCUAUUGUCCUGGGACACAUUUUUGCGCAUGCUCGGUCGCGCGAAUCUUAAUAUGGAGAGCCACGGUGGGCUGUACCUUGUCCACAGCCAAUUGAACCACGACUGCGACCCCAACGUGGGGAUUCGGCACAUGCCGAGCCGCGGGGGAGUACGCUACGCGACGCGCGUUACUGCGAUCGCCAAGCGCGAUAUUCCGGCGGGCGAAGAACUGGUGAUUAGUUACGUGGAUCCGAAUCUUGACGUGCAGACACGGAGACUGGCGCUAUGGCGAGACUAUUGUUUCGGGCCGUGCACAUGUACGCGGUGCCUCGCCGAGCUCCCGAAGGGUGGCACAGAUGAUGCGUUUGAUGCCGAGGCUGCGGCCGCCGCCGCGCACAGCGACGGCGACUUGGCGCAGGAAAUGCGUACCGCGCUGGGGCUCUGA